AGAUAAAUAAUAUUAAUCUACCAAAUCUAUCAGUUUUAACAUCUGAUCUCUGCCUGAAAAUUUGCAAUUCAGAAACCUCAAACUUUUUUAUUCUGUAAAGAAAUAUAUGCAAGAUGGCUUUAAAAAGAAUCAAAAAGGAAUUGCAGGAUUUGAACAAAGAUCCUCCAUCACAGUGCAGCGCAGGACCAGUGGCUGAUGAUUUAUUUCGUUGGCAAGCCACAAUUCUUGGCCCGCCAGACAGUCCCUAUUGUGGAGGAGUAUUUUUUCUAGACAUAAAUUUUCCUACAGAUUAUCCGUUUAAACCACCUAAGAUCCAAUUUACUACUCGCAUAUAUCACCCAAAUAUUAAUAGUAAUGGCAGCAUAUGUUUAGAUAUAUUAAGAUCUCAAUGGUCACCCGCAUUAACUAUAUCUAAAGUUUUGUUAUCAAUAUGUUCCCUGCUUUGUGAUCCGAAUCCAGAUGACCCUCUAGUUCCGGAGAUUGCAAGAAUAUACAAGACAGACAGAAGCGCUUAUAACGAGACUGCAAAGAAUUGGACCAGAAAACAUGCCUUGUAGUCACCAUCAUGACGCUCAAUCAUACCACAAUCUACUUUUUGUUUUCUUUAUCGAUAUAAACUAUAAUUUGUCCUCAUAGCUGCUACGAAAUUUGCAACUUUUCGAUAUCUUUGUUUUUUCCAAAUGUUCCCACCACAUAUGAGCACGUAUUUACUGCUCACCAAUUAACGUUUUUUUUGGGGACCCAAUGAUUAUUUCGUUCCUUCACUAUUAUUUGCGAGUGUGAUGAAAAGAAAUGUUUGCAAAAUGUUUCUGCACUUGAAGUUUUAAACAGCUGCGAUUCGGAAUGUGUUGAACUUUCUACUGUUUUCUGAUAUAUUGUUCUACGCUUAACCCGAAAUUUAGAAUCUGAGGCACGGCCUUUACUUAUACAUAUGAUACUAUUAUUUCACGUGAGACUUGAAUAAAUGCCUGGCAAUGCUCUUCAAA